AUGAGGUCAUUGAGCGCCUUGGAGUUGCUGUCGUUCUUCUGCAAAGUUCUGCAGCAGCAGCAACAGCAGCAGCAGCAGCAGCAGCAGCACUAUCAGCAGAGGGAGACAAUAAAGGGGCAGCUGCAGCAGCACAAGUCCACACACCAGGCUCAUUGCAGCAGCAGCAGCAGCAGCAGCAGCAGCGAGAGCAGCAGCAGCAGCAGCAGCAGCAGCGGCGGCGGCGGCGAGGGAAACAGCGAAGCGACUGGGUUACACAGACUGGAGGGAAGUCAUGCAUGCAUGCAUAUUCACGCUGCUUCAAGUCAAAGAGGACCGCAGCAGCAGCAGCAGCAGCAGCAGCAGCAGCAGCAGCGGCAGCGGCUGGUCGUUCGAGAGCAGCAGCAGCAGCAGCAACAGUGCAUGUAUAUACGACUUGCAUGCGAAUGGAUUUGA